GCAAGCAACAUGGCGACCGAGCACAAGCCCAAGUUGUCCAAGAAUCUGCUGCGCAUGAAGUUCAUGCAAAGAGGACUAGACUCGGAAACCAAGAAGCAGCUGGAAGAGGAGGAAAAGAAGAUCAUCAGUGAGGAGCACUGGUACUUGGAUCUGCCGGAGCUUAAAGAGAAAGAGAGCCUCAUAAUCGAAGAGCAGAGUUUUUUGCUAUGCGAAGACCUUCUCUAUGGAAGAAUGUCCUUCAGAGGAUUUAAUCCUGAAGUUGAGAAAUUAAUGCUUCAGAUGAACUCCAAGAGCAGGACCCAAGAAAUUGAAGAUGAAAUAGUGGAGGUCGAUGUGUCAGAUGAAGAAAUGGCUAGAAGGUAAGCCUGACCCGGAAAAGGCCUGUGACAGGGGCCUCAAGAGGAAG